AGGACACGCGAUGGCGCGGCCGUGGUGUUUCUACUUUGUACAGGGGGAGGAAGGAGAAAGUCCUGAGGAGCCAAAUGUCUUCGCCCUUCCCUCAAACGGGGCCGCAAGCUUGAAACACUUCCUAGGUGCCUUCCCGCUAACCCAGCAAAAAGGCGGGGACAGGGUAUACCAUGCACGCUUCAAAGUCAAAGACGACCUAUUCGGCUAUGUCUGGCAAGACGUCGUUGAUCCCCAGGACACCCUUCCUGUUUAUCAAGGCGCCAUCCAUGUCAAAGUCCUCCGCCUGGACAAGCCCCCAAGGCCCACCACGCGGCUCCGUCGCAAGCCUUUAGGGACUUUGGGAGGGGGAAGACCUGCUGCAAGUAUGCGCCAGGAUGUGGGACGCGGAACAGCGUCGACGGCUCGAAACACAACUUCCUCCUCCCACGUGGCAACGCCGCCUCGAAGACCUGAUGUUUCCACUGCUUCGUCUGGCGUGGCAGCCACUGCCGUGCCCAGUGCAGUCCGUCCCCCUACUUCCUCCUCCUCUGGAAUAAGCACGCAGACCGUAGAACAGGGUCGGUCGGUGAAGGCCCCUGGAGAGAGACCUUCCGCCUCUGGAACAAGCACGCAGACCGUAGAACA